AUGACGGCGCAGGGGACCGAUUCACCCGAGCAUUGUCUGACCCAUACGCCAUCACGACCCUCAAGUGCCGGAGCCGGCGCAGGCGUGCUCACGGUGCUCUUCUCCGUCUUCCAGCCCGUUUCGCACGAAACACUGGAAGCAGACGUUGAGGAUGAAGGACCGGCACAAGCAGCAGAUAGCUCUAAUCCUGGCGAUGGGCUACCGCAAUACCGAUUGUCGGAAAUCAAGAACCACGGGCCCAAAUCAUCGAGACCAUGGGUCAUAUUUGAAGACAAGGUGUAUGAUAUCACGGAUUGGAUACCCGCCCAUCCAGGCGGUGAAGUGAUUCUCCGCGCAGCAGGCGGCAGCAUCGAGCCGUACUGGGACAUCUUUGCCAUCCACAAAACGCCCUACGUACGCGAGAUCCUGCAGCAAUUUGUGGUGGGCAAGAUUCACCCAGAUGACCUGGAAGAUGGGCGACCACGCAUGAACGACAUCGAGGACCCGUUCGUGUCGGACCCGACGCGAGAUCCGAGAUUGCGACAGAUUACCGCCAAACCGUGCAAUGCAGAGACGGCGGGCGAGGAUCUAGCUGAAGCAUUCCUGACGCCAAACGAGGUGUUUUAUGUCCGCAAUCACAUGUGGGUUCCUGUGAUUGAAGACACGGCGGCAGAUGCGCACGGCAUCACGAUUGAACUUCCUGAUGGUGAUGUUAAGACAUACACAGUCCAUGACUUGAAGGCCAAGUUUAAGCAGUAUUCGGUGACAGCUGUACUGCAAUGCUCGGGCAACAGACGGAGAGACAUGACGGAGCAUGCCAACAAGACGAAUGGUCUGCAAUGGGGCCCAGGAGCCAUCAGUUGCGCCAAAUGGGAAGGAGUACGCCUACGCGAUGUACUUAAAGAUGCCGGACUGCCACUCGAUGACCUACCCGAAGACGCUCAGCACGUGCAAUUCUCAGGCCUGGAGGCGUACGGCGCCAGCAUCCCCAUCCACUCUGCUCUGGACCCGCGCGGUGAUGUGCUUUUGGCAUUCAAAAUGAACGAUCUACCAUUGCCAAGGGAUCACGGCUUCCCCGUUCGAGUCAUCGUCCCAGGCACAGUAGCAGCGCGCUGCGUCAAAUGGGUGAGCAAAAUUGUUGUUUCGGACGAGGAGAGCGACACCAGUUGGCAAAGGCGGGACUACAAAUGUUUCGGUCCCAAUGAGACUCGGGAUCUUGACUGGGAUAAAUAUAAGUCGAUCCAGGAGAUGCCCAUCACCAGCGCCAUCACGCGGGCACGGAAGAAGUCGGCAGACGGGAAUCACGUUGAAGUCGAAGGGUAUGCAUACUCUGGUGGCGGCCACGAGAUCCAGCGCGUGGAUGUGAGUCUCGAUGGGGGCAAGACGUGGGACCAGGCCAGUCUGGUUGACGACUCGGAGCAAGACAGCGGAAGCAAGGCGUGGUCAUGGAAGAGAUGGAGGUAUGAGGGGGCUUUGCCCACCACGACGGAAGCGGCUGCUUUCGUGGUGAAGGCUACGGAUGAUGCGUAUAACACCCAACCGCAGUGCUACAAGAGCAUUUACAAUUUGAGGGGUAAUUUGGCGACGGCCUGGCAUCGGGUCGAGUUCGAUCCUCGGAAGGAGAAGGGUUGUGCUGAUUCAUAA